AUGUCGCUCCCCUCCACCAUGAAGGCUGUCGUAGUGGAGCAGACCGGCGGGCCAGAAGUGCUGCAAUUCCGAACCUCGCACCCUGUGCCCACCCCGCAGGCCGGCCAGCUGCUGGUACGCAACAACAUCUCCGGCGUGAACUACAUCGAUACCUACUUCCGCACGGGCCUGUACGCCUCGGCGAAGCCCGAGGUGCUAGGCCGAGAGGGCGCCGGCACAGUUGCCGCCGUGGGCGAUGGCACGUCCGGCUUCGCGGUGGGUGAUCGCGUCGCCUGGCUGGCAACUGGUGGAUAUGCGGAGUACACGGCCGUACCGGCGGCGAAGACGGUGAAGAUCCCCGACGGGGUGAGCGACGAGGAUGUCAUGGCAUCGUUCCUGAGCGGAUUGACCGUCCUCUCGUUUGCUAAGGAGACUUAUCCCGUCCAGAAAGGCGACUGGGUGUUGCUGCAUGCUGCGGCUGGUGGUGCGGGCUUCCUCAUGACCCAGAUCUUGAAGACCAUGGGCGCCAACGUCAUCGGGACGGCGGGCGGUCCAGAGAAGUGUGCGCUGGUCAAGAGCCUGGGGGCGGAUGUGGUGAUUGAUUACCGCAGCGAGGAGGGCAAGGACUGGGUCAAGCUGGUCAAAGAGGCAACUAAUGGCCGCGGCGUGGAUGUUGUCUUUGACUCCGUCGGCAAGGAUACGUGGGAGGGUAGCUUGGAGGCUGUGAAACGGAAAGGCACGAUCGUCUGGUUUGGCAAUGCCAGUGGACCCGUACCGCCCCUUCCUCUGGCCAAACUUUCCCCCAAGUGCGUCAAGAUUGCGCGCCCUACGCUCUUUGGGUAUAUCGAGACCCGCGAGGAGUUUGAGUACUAUGUCAACGAGCUAUUUUCUCUGCUCCAGUCGGGCCAGCUUAAGGUCAAGAUUCACAAGGUGUAUCCGCUGGAGCAGAUUGCCCAGGCUCACAUUGACCUCGAGGGCCGGAAGUCCACUGGAAAGCUACUCCUGAAGCCCUGA